CUCCAUCAUAAGGGCCCUAACCCCUAAGGCGGUGGUCCUUCUUCAUCACGUCCAUUUUCCCCUCCCGCUAAAUAAAGAAGAAUUGUAUAUCUUGUGUUUUCUUUCUCCCUCGUCAUUGCUUGACUGUCUUUUUUAGUGGAUGAUCAAUUAGUGCAUGGAGGAAAUAAAUGGUGCUAAUUCGUUUGUAGUUCUCAGCUCAUUUUGCAACAAGCUUCUGGACAUGCAUGGACGAUAUUCCUUUCUUCAUCAAUUGCUAGAAUCAGAUUCCAAGAUCUCUUCAGCUAAUGUUGAGAUACUGAGUUCCAUGGAUGCCCAUUGUGGGCAUUGCAGAACAUCAUCUGAUGAUGUCAUGUCUGGAUGUCAUGAUGUUUCACAUCUUGCUUCUUUAUCCCACAACCUAUUGAGCUUAUACGACACUGUGAUGCAUCCAACUGGGGUUCGUCUAAAUGAUGCAUUGAAUGAAAGCAAUCUUGCUGCUGCCUGUUCCAUAUGCCCAAUGCAUCAGCAGCAAGCUUCCUGUAGUUUAGGUGACACAGCUUGGGCUCAUUUGCCAGCAAGCUCAGUGGCAAUCAAAGACAAAGGUCCAUGCUUGAGACUGCUGCGUGAUGAUGUGACCAAGGCAAAUCCUUUGAUAAUUGAUUCCUCAUCCCAAAUUCCUGUUGGAAUUCCAAGAUAUAUUGUUUUACCUUUUUCUCCUAUGAAGGAUAAAUGUGGAAGCUCCUUCCUUUCAGAGACAGCAACCUGUUCUCCAGCAAAGCUAUCACAUGAUUAUCAUGUCAAACUGCUUGGAUCUACAGUUGCACAGGCAGAAAUAGAAAACCAUGCAUACUUUUCCAACAAUGCUGGAAGGCCUUCAAAAACAUGUUCUGAUAACAAAGACAUAGUGGAGGCUGGGAUUGCCAAUAGCUUCAUGGAUCGACAUGAGGGAAAUCCUACUGUUUUUGAACCUCAUCCAACUGCAUCGAUUAUCACAUCUGAUGCAACAGGAAGAUGUUUGAGUUUGCGAAAAUGUCCAACGACCAAUUCGCGCAGUUCAGAUGAGCGGAAGCGCAGACAGAGAAUUUCAAAAGCAUUGAAAGCAAUGCGUGAACUCCUUCCUAGUUCUGAAAAUGGUAAUCAAAUAUCUGUGCUAGAUGAUGUCAUUGACUAUGUUAAAGUUUUGCAGCUUCAAACAAAGGUCUUAAGUCAAACGAGGCUGCUUAGUGAUCUGUCUGAGGACACGCUGGUGUAUCUUGAGGGCUUUGGUCAUUUCUCACGUACUGAACCUGAAAGCAGUGAUGCCAUUGAGAACAUAAUUGAUAACUUGAUGAAAUCUGACAUGCCUGCAGCAAUCCAAUCGUUGCAACGCAAGGGCUUACAUCUUUUGCCUUGGUCAUCGGCAGAUUGUUUCAAGAAUGCUUCGUGAUUGCAGAAAGCAGGCCUUUAGUGGUUUAUGCUAAGUUUUGGGCGUGAUAUGCUACUCUCCAUUUGUUUGGUAUCCGGUGUCUUACGGAUCUCGACUCCAUCAAUUGUGCAUUGCGGACGUUUUUGUUCUUGGGCAUUUCCAUCACUAUAAAAAGUUACCCAUUAUCGA